AGCUUGGUUACAUUUGUAGCUUGUUUGUGAGUUAUUUUUACAGAUUUACAGCCACAAAUCGGUGUCGUACCACGGUUAAUCGCGUUGCGGAGUACAGCGGAACAAUGUCACAACGAUUUCCGGCGGCCAACGCCAACUCGGUGGCAGGCCCGCAACGCUACCCAUCGUCUCCGGGGCCAACGAACCAGCCACCGCCAGUUAUGCGUCCGUACGGACCGGGUAACAAUUUCCCACCCCGUGGGUACACUCCGCCGCCGCAGAUGGGAGGCGGAUCCUCGGGCCAGAAUCAGCAUCAGCGACCGAUGCCAACGUUCCAGGGUGGCAACAUGCGCGGCUCCCCAAUGUCUGGCGCUCCCGGUGGCAAGCGAAGCGCCGAAAGCCGCUCAUCGAUGAACCCGGCACAGCAGAAGAAGUGUGUUGGCCCCGCUGCUUUUAGUGACUAUUCGGCGAAGAAGAAGAAAAAGUUGGCCGACAAAAUCUUGCCCCAGAAGGUGCGCGACCUAGUGCCGGAAUCGCAGGCCUACAUGGAUCUGCUGGCGUUCGAGAGGAAGCUGGAUGCGACAAUCAUGCGCAAGCGGCUCGACAUUCAGGAAGCGCUGAAGCGCCCGAUGAAGCAGAAGCGCAAGCUGCGCAUCUUCAUCUCGAACACGUUCUACCCGAGCAAGGACGGUAUCGAGGGGGACACGAACGCGGACGGUUCGGUGGCCUCGUGGGAGCUUCGCGUCGAGGGUCGCCUGCUCGAGGACAACAAGUCCGAUCCGGCGAAGAUUAAGCGCAAGUUUUCCAGCUUCUUCAAGUCGCUCGUCAUCGAGCUCGACAAGGAUCUUUACGGGCCGGACAAUCAUCUGGUCGAGUGGCACCGCACGCACUCGACGCAGGAGACGGACGGGUUUCAGGUGAAGCGUCCAGGCGAUCGGAACGUGCGCUGCACCAUCCUGCUGUUGCUCGAUUAUCAGCCACUGCAGUUUAAGCUCGAUUCGCGACUGGCCCGGCUGCUUGGAGUGCACACGCAGACGCGCCCUGUCAUCAUAUCCGCGUUGUGGCAGUACAUCAAGACGCACAAGCUGCAGGAUGCGCACGAGCGCGAGUACGUGGCGUGUGACAAGUACUUGGAGCAGAUCUUCGGCUGCCCGCGUAUGAAGUUUGCCGAAAUACCGCAACGGUUGAACCCGCUGCUGCAUCCGCCCGAUCCGAUCGUCAUCAAUCACGUGAUUACGGUCGAGGGGGGCAUGGAGAACAAGCAGACUGCCUGUUACGAUAUCGACGUCGAGGUGGACGACACGCUGAAGAAUCAGAUGAACACGUUCCUGCUGAGCACUGCCAGCCAGCAAGAGAUACAGACGCUCGACAGCAAGAUCCACGACACGGUCGAAACGAUCAACCAGCUCAAGACGAACCGGGAGUUUUUCCUCAGCUUCGCUAAGGACCCGCAAACGUUCAUCCACAAGUGGAUCGUGUCGCAAACGCGCGACCUCAAAUCGAUGACCGACAUUGUCGGCAAUCCGGAGGAGGAACGGCGGGCCGAGUUCUACUACCAGCCGUGGACACAGGAAGCCGUCUCGCGCUACUUCUUCACUAAGGUCAAUCAGAAACGUGCCGAGCUCGAGCAGGCCCUCGGCAUUCGGAACGCCUAGACCGGUGUUUCGGAUGAACGGACGGGACCUUCCCACUGAGAGUUUGUCCUUUUUUUAUUCCGCUUUCUGCUACCGAGCGCCCCAUUGGCUAGCUGUAGGAUUUUUGUACUCCACUUCUGCAUACUAUAGUAUUUCUACGAUACAUUAAACUAUUAUAAGUAACUGACCCAACACACGACUCUGUCUCUGACAGAGACUGUAAUCGAAUAAAAUUAUGACGACUAAACCCGAA